AAAAAAAUGGCGCGUGUUCAUAUCAAUCAUCUUUUAUUAUUAUUAUUAUUGUUAUUAUUAUUAUUAUUUUACUUGUAUUAUAAAUGUACAUGUGUUUAUAAUUAAAUUAUUAUUUUAUAAUUAUUUACUUCUACUAUUAAUUAAAUAAAGAAACACAUACACACAAAAAAUGGUUGAAAAUAAAGCUUUGUUUGAAUCAAGGCAGAAAAGAAUUCGACAUAUAAAAUCUAUUGCAGGUCGGAACAUUGUAUGGAAAACUAAAAAUAACGAUUCACCAUCAACAGAUGCAGUCAGUUCUAACAAAGUACUUUGGCCACCCUUAAAUAAUUUGAAGAGAUCAGGUAGCACGUCAUCUGUUGCAACUACUGUAGAAGAUUCUUCAGUCUUAAAACGAGCUUAUCAAACUAAUACUGAGGACUCGAUUGUGUAUAGUUCAGGAGGAUUAGUUGACACCUAUUUUACGUUACAUAAUGAGCUUUUAGCAUCUAGCUUUUAUAAAAGUGAAAUGAUACCCAAUACUGUCAAUCCAACUUUUCGAUCCUUACCUACUCCAUUUGAUUGGAUGAAUUGGUAUGAUGCUGCAUCAAGUUUAUUAGUUAUUCGAGUUUGGGCAAGACAUGCUGUAUUUGAGUCUGCAGGACAACAUACUGAGCCAGUGCUAGGAUAUCAAGAUAAAGAAGAUGAGCAAUUUCAAUUGUUAAUUCAGUGGCAAGUAGAUUUAAAUGCAUUAGUUUGGAUAAGCAAAUCGUAUGUAGAAUUAAAUUAUUCCUUUCCUGAAAACACUUUGGUAUUCGAGAUGGAUGAUGGAAUUUAUACUUCAGCAGAGAUAAAAAACAGCAUGCUGAAUCAAAAUAAAAGAUCAAGUUUAUUUGAUUUGAGUCAGUUACAAAAGGAUGAUGCAAGUAUAGAUACAAUUAACUCGAUACAAAAGAAUAAACGAUCAUAUACCUAUAAUAACAUUAUGAAAAUGAAUACAUUUAUGGAUUGCAUAUUUGAUACGAAAACGUCUGUAAAUGAGAUCAGACAAAAUAUACAAGAGAUACUUGAAGAAGAGGAUAAAGGGUUUCGAUUAAGACGAGAAUUAAAUCAAUAUAAAGCAAAUUUAAUGGAAAGAGAAUAUGAAAUUAUUCAAAAAAAGAAACAAUUGAAGGCUAAAAUAGAAAAAAUAAAGCAAACGAAAAGGGAAAUAGAAAGACGAAAGAUGGAGAUAACAAGUUCAUUGAAUCGAUGUAUUUCUGGGAAAGAAGAUUUACAAGAUAAUGAAAUUGUAUUAGAAAAGAAUAUUAAAAUGAGGCAAAAUAUAUUUCGUACGUUAAACAGAAGAAAGAAAGAGUUGAUUGCCGAUUUAUUUUCCAUAUACCCCAUAGAACAAUCCUAUGAUGAUUUGCAACAGUUUUAUAUUCGAGGUAUUUAUUUGCCUAAUUCAGUUUAUGACGGGCAAAAUGAAGACUUAAUUGCUACUGCUUUGGGAUUUACUGCACAUUUGGUUUCUAUGUUGGCUUAUUACCUUGAAAUUCCGUUAAGAUAUCCUACAAUUCCAAUGGGUUCAAGAUCAACUAUCAAAGACAUGGUAUCACUAAUUAAUGGAUCUAGAGAUUUUCCGUUGUAUUCAAGAGGAGUAGAUCGAUAUAGGUUUGAGUUUGGAGUAUUUUUAUUAAAUAAAAAUAUAGAGCAAUUAAUGAAUGCUUAUGGUUUAAUUGUAAUGGAUUUAAGGCAUACAUUACCAAAUAUACAUUAUUUUAUCCAAGCUAUUCUUACUACAUCAGUAACAUCUAGUCCAACAUCAAUAUCUGUAUUAUCUAUUUCUUCCUACUGUAAUGGAGGAGGACGCAAUAGCCAUGAAGAACAUUCUAUUGUUCGAAGAGAUCAUAAUCAUUUAACUUUACAGCCUACUCCAUUGUUAAAUCAGUCACCACCUCCACCACCUUCACCUUCUUUCUCUACAUCUUCCUCCAUUAUGAAUAUAUCAAAUAGAAUGACCCAUUCCCCAAAACCAUCGAUAAGUAAUACAUAUCCCUCUGUUGCAUUCUUAAAUACGCCUCAAGCAAUGGCUGCGCCUGCCAUAUUAGAUACAGUUACUACUACUUCUAGCCAUCAUACUAAAUCGCCUUAAUAUAUAUAUUUAAAUAAUUUAUUAUAAUUCAG